GCAUGAGUUAAAAGGUACUAGUCAACAAGUGGCUCUGAUAGAGAGAGAGAGAGACAGAGGAGAGAGAGCAAGCUCCGUUUUGCAGGGUAGGAGAGAAAAAUCUGUGUCCCCCAAAAUUUCCCCAAUUUUUUGUGUUGUCGACGACAAAUAUAUACAUACAUACACAGUCCGCUAUGCCCACACUAACGAAGCUAUAUUCAAUGCAAGAAGCUUCCGAACACAACACCAAGGACGAUUGUUGGGUCGUCAUUGAUGGCAAGGUAUAUGAUGUGUCAUCUUAUAUGGACGAACAUCCAGGCGGAGAUGAUGUAAUCCUUGAUGUAACUGGGAAGGAUGCAACAGACGAAUUUGAAGAUGCUGGGCAUAGCAAAACUGCGAGGGAGCUCAUGGAGACCUUUUGCAUUGGGGAGCUUGACCCGACUUCCCCAGCCAUCCCUGAGCUUGAAAUUUCCCCCAAGAAGCAAACAGACGUUCUCAUGGACCUGACAAAGCAAUACUGGGCUGUUCCCGUAGCCAUUGUUAGCAUCUCCGUCAUUGCUGGCUUCUUGUACUUGCGUAGGAAGUGAAGGAAUUAAACUUUCAUUGUGGCAGUUUAUAAGAUCUAUUAUCACCAAUUUUGAAUAAUUAAAAUAUAGUAUUUGAGAGAAUUUGUCCAUUAUUAUUUCCGAACUCUUAAAAGCAGGGUUCGGGAGGUGGAUGGGACCUAUUUUAUUAUCGAUUCGGACGUAUAUGAUGAAGAAAAAGAUUUGGGUGAUACAAAAUUAUAGAUUGAUGAAUCGGAGAAGAAAUAAAUGGUGCCUGAAAGUUCAUGUAUGCGUAUUGAUGAGGAUGUUGAUUGUAGCAUGUCUAUCAUGUAGAUCAAAAUAUGCAUCAGAAGCAUUCGAUUGUUUCUAAGUUGGUGCAUAUUGCAGUCUCUAAGAAAUUAUAUUUUGGUUGAUAAACAGACAUCAAAUUAAGUUGAAUCAUUCUGAUUCUCCAAUUCAUUGUUCCUCCUUUGUUCA